AUGGCAGCAAAAAUCUCCCUCAUUCACAUAUUUUCCCUUCUCAUUAUAAUAUUCACUUUCACCAUUCCCGCUGCAAUUGCUGCUGACGUGGAUGGCCAUGGCAUGAACGAAACCCUAGAAUGGCAAUUCCAAAGCCAGUUCAAUCUCGAACCAAAAAUCGUCGUAGAAGAAGAAGAUGAUGAAGAAGAAGAAGGAGAUGGCGCAUUGCACCGUAGAUAUCUGUACUGGAGCUCACCUUCUUCGCCGCCCAAACGAUACUACAUUUCGUACGGAGCACUCUCUGCGAAUCGGAUCCCCUGCCCGGCCCGAUCCGGCAGAUCAUACUACACCCAUAACUGUUUCAGAGCACGAGGACCGGUUCACCCCUACACCAGAGGCUGCUCUGCAAUACUCGCUGCAGAAGGUGAUAUAUAUGAAGAUUUAAGUUACAUCUCUUUACUCAAUUUUCUUAUCUCCACCGGAUUUUAA